CUGGUCGCUCGAUCGCCCGCCUCGUCAGUCAGUGGAGGAGUUAGCGGUCGUCAGAGGCGUUUCUGGCUCGCUGAGAAGGCUGGAGGAGCUGGGGCGGAUCGACGAGGGCCCCCUUCCUUCCCCACACGCCCCGGCCACACUCCGACAUGGCGGCUAGUGAUACAGAGCGAGAGACAGUAGCCCCAGAUACAUCAUCUCCUGAUAGAGAGAAGAAAAAGGAACAUUCAGAUACAUCUAGUUCACCUAGAACUUCAAAACAUCAUUACUCAAGGUCACGUUCGCGAUCGAGAGAGCGAAAACGGAAGUCAGAUAAUGACGGGAAAAAAUACAGAAGCCGGAGCAGAAGCAAAGAGGCAAGAAGACAUGGGUCCAAAGAGAAGUCCUCCAAGAAGCACAAGUCUGAAGACCAUAAUGACAAAGAACACUCUUCUGAUAAAGGCAGAGACAGCCUGAAUACCUCUGAAAAUGGUGAGGAGCGACACAAGCGUAAAGAGCGGAAAUCCUCCAGAGGACGGAGUCAUUCACGAUCCCGAUCUCGUGAAAGACAUCAUCGAAGUAGAAGCCGUGACAAAAAAAAGUCACGAUCUCGAAGCCGAGAUAGAAAGCGGCGAGUAAAAUCACGUUCUAGAUCAAAAUCUAAACACAGGCAUAGAAGCCGGAGCAGGAGCCGAACUCGAAGCAGAAGCAGAGAAAGAAAGAAGAGACCUGAAAAACCCAGGAGAUUCAGCAGAAGUCAUAGCCGAACUCCUAGUCCUCCGCCCUUUAGGGGACGAAAUACAGCAAUGGAUGCCCAGGAAGCAUUGGCCAGACGAUUGGAAAGAGCAAAAAAGCUUCAAGAACAGAGAGAGAAAGAACUGGUUGAAAAACAGAAGCAACAGGAAAUGGCAGCUGCGGCUGCUGCCACGAGUGGUUCGGUCAUCAAUGUUGCAGCCCUUUUGGCCUCUGGGACGCAAGUCACUCCUCAAAUAGCGAUGGCAGCUCAGAUGGCAGCUCUGCAAGCAAAGGCCCUGGCAGAGACUGGAAUCGCUGUACCCAGCUAUUAUAAUCCAGCAGCAGUGAAUCCUAUGAAGUUUGCUGAACAGGAGAAAAAGCGGAAAAUGCUGUGGCAAGGCAAAAAAGAAGGGGAUAAAUCACAAUCUGCAGAAAUCUGGGAGAAACUGAACUUUGGAAAUAAGGACCAAAAUGUCAAAUUUAGAAAGCUCAUGGGUAUUAAGAGUGAGGAAGAAGCUGGUGGUAGUUCAGUGGAUGAAGAAAGUUAUAAGACUUUAAAACAGCAGGAAGAAGUAUUCAGAAAUCUAGACGCCCAAUAUGAAAUGGCGAGGUCACAGACGCACACCCAAAGAGGAAUGGGCUUGGGAUUUACAUCUUCAAUGCGAGGAAUGGAUGCUGUUUGAAAACACUUAAAGCGUGGGACUGACUUUGUCAAAGAUUCUUGUUCAGAUAUUGGGUCCUUGUUCACCAAAAGCUAGCAUUCUAGCUUGCAUGGGUGUUGCAUUGACUUUAAUUUAUUGACAUUACAAUUUUUGUAAAUAUCAGAUCAGUGAUAACUGGUGUUCCAUGUUGUAAUCAGGUUAUACUCACUUCCGUUAUACUUGACAGAGCUACAGAAGGACAACGCUUUUAGUUCUGCCUUUCAAAACAGAGCAGGUGAGGGUAAACUCAUACAUGGAUAUUUUGUGUCCACUGUCUUGUGUACUUUUGUACUUUAACCUUGUACAGUUAUUUUCAACUCUUGAAACAUAAAAAAACAUUGUGUAGGUGUUAUCUAGCAGACUGGGUCAGUGGGCAGUGCAAAAACCUAGUUAAUAAAAAUGUUUUUUCUCAGA